AUGGCUAGCACCAUGAAAGCCCUCGUCACCCAAGGCGACAAGACCGCCAAGGUCCAAGAGGCAAGUAUCCCGAAGCCUCAACCCGGUCCCGGUGAGGUUCUCAUCAAAGUCUCCGUCGUGGCUCAGAACCCAACCGACUGGAAAUCCACUGCCAGUGCCCCGGCCGGCCGCAUCGUCGGUUGUGACUUUGCCGGCACAAUCGCAGACCCCAACGGCACGUCUUUCAAGCAGGGCCAGCGCGUCGCCGGCUGGGUCCACGGCGCGAGCGUUGACCCCACUCGCGGUGCAUUUGCCGAGUACCUCGUCACCGAGAGCACUCUCGUCUUCCCUGUCCCCGACAACCUCACCGAUUCGCAGGCUGCCGUGGUCUCCUUGGCCUUUGCAACUUCGGUGCAGGCUCUUUUCCAGCGUCUGGGUCUCCCUGAGCCAGAGAACCCGGCCAAGGAGCCCAUCCCUGUGUUGAUCAACGGAGGAACCGGCAGCGUGGGCUUGUACGCGAUCCAGCUCGCAAAGAAGGCUGGUCUCUACGUCAUCGCGACAGGAGGCAAGAAGAACCAUGAGCUUCUCAAGAGCCUAGGCGCCGACAUCACCAUCGACUACCGGGACGCGGACUGGAUUGACCAAGUCAAGAAGGCGGCAAAUGACAACCUCCAGUACGUCUUUGACACCAUCAGCGAAGUCGAGACCACCAAGGCCGUCGUCAAGACCGUGUCUGCAAAGGGCGGCCACGUCAUGUGCAUCCUGCCCCGGAAGGCGGACGAGGUCGAAGCUCCGCAGGGCGUCAAGGUUGAGAGCACGCUUGCGUACACGGUCUUUGGACGCAGCCUUACGUACGGCGCUUUCGACAACAUCGACGGGCCGAAGCCCGAUGAUAAGAAGUUUUGGGAAAAGUACAUCAAGCUCUUGCCCAAGUGGUUGGAGGAUGGAAGCAUCAAACCGAACCCGCCAAAGGAGUUUGGCGGCCUUGAAGAUAUCCCCAAGGGCUUCGAGUUGCAAGCCAAGGGUGGUGUGAGUGCUGAGAAGCUGGUUUACAAAGUUGCUCAGUAG